AUGAUCUUUCUUUUGUUUUUUUUUUUUUCCUCCUUUCGGUUUCCUCUUUUCUCUCUCUCCCUGUUUUCCUCUUUCUCUCUCUCUCUCCCUCUCUUCUCUCUCCCCUGUUUUCCUCUUUCUCUCUCUCUCUCUCCCGUGUUUUCCUCUUUCUCUCUCUCUCCCCCUGUUUCCUCUCUCUCUCUCUCUCCCCUGUUUUCCUCUUUCUCUCUCUCUCUCCCCUGUUUUCCUCUUUCUCUCUCUCUCUCCCCUGUUUUCCUCUUUCUCUCUCUCUCCCCUGUUUUCCUCUUUCUCUCUCUCUGUUUUCCCUCUCUCUCUCUCCCUGUUUUCCUCUUUUCUCUCUCUCUCCCCUGUUUUCCUCUUUCUCUCUCUCUCUCCCCUGUUUUCCUCUUUCUCUCUCUCUCUCCCCUGUUUUCCUCUUUCUCUCUCUCUCUCCCCUGUUUUCCUCUUUCUCUCUCUCUCUCCCCUGUUUUCCUCUUUCUCUCUCUCUCUCUCCCCUUUUUUUUUUCUCUCUCUUUUCUCUCUCUCUCCCCUAUUUUCCUCUUUCUCUCUCUCUCCCUAUUUUCCUCUUUCUCUCUCUCUCCCUCUUUUUCCUCUCUCUCUCUCCCUGUUUUUCCUCUCUUCCCUGUUUUCUCUCUCUCCCCUGUUUUCCUCUCUCUUCCCCUGUUUCUCUCUCUCCCCUGUUUUUCUCUCUCUCCCCUGUUUUCUCUCUCUCUCCCCUGUUUUUCUCUCUCCCCUGUUUUCCUCUCUCUCUCCCCUGUUUUCCUCUCUCUCUCCCCUGUUUUCCUCUCUCUCUCCCUGUUUCCUCUCUUCUCUCCUCUCUUUCCCCCCUCUUUCUCUCUCUCUCUCUCCCCUGUUUUCCUCUCUCUCUCCCCUUUCUCUCUCUCCCCCUAUUUUCCUCUUUCUGUUUUCUCUCUCUCCCCUUUUUUCCUCUCUCUCCCCUGUUUUCCUCUCUCUCUCUCCCCUGUUUUCCCUCUCUCUCCCCUCUCUCUCUCCCUGUUUUCCUCUCUCUUCCCCUCUCUCUCUCUCCCCUGUUUUUCUCUCUGUUUUCUCUCUCUCCCCCUGUUUUCUCUCUCUCUCUCCUGUUUUCCUCUCUCUCCCCUUUUCUCUCUCUCCCCUGUUUUCCUCUUUCUCUCUUUUUCCUCUCCCCUAUUUUUCCUCUCCCCUUUUCUCUCUCUCUCCCCUGUUUUUCUCUCUUCUCUCCCUCUCUCUCUCCCCUUUUUUUCCUCUUUCCCCUCUCUCUCUCUCCCUUUUUUCUCCUCUCUCUCUCUCUCCCCUCUCUCUCCUCCCCUCUUUUCCUCUCUCUCUCUCUCCCCCUUUUCCUCUCUCUCUCUCCCUCCUGAAUUUCCCUCUAUUUCCCCCUGUUUUCCUCUCUCUCUCCCUGUUUUCCCCCUCUUCCCCCCCUCUUUCUCUCUCUCUAAUUUUCCUUUCUCUCCCCUCUUUUCCUCUCUCUCUCUCCCCUGUUUUUCUCUCUCUCCCUAUUUUCUUUCUCUCUCUCCCCUGUUUUCCUCUUUCUCUCUCUCCCCCUUUUCCUCUCUCUCUCUCUCUCCCUAUUUUCUUUCUCUCUCUCCCUAUUUUCCUCUUUCUCUCUCUCUCCCUGUUUUUCUCUCUCUCUCUCCCCUCUCUUUCCUCUUUUUCUCUCUCUCUCUCCCCCUGUUUUCCUCUCUUUCUCUCUCUCUCUCCCCUCUUUCCCCCUCUUUCUCUCUCUCUCUCCCUAUUUUCCUCUCUCUCUCUCUCCCCCUGUUUCCUCUCUUCUCUCUCUCCCUCUCCCUCUCUUUCCUCUUUCUCUCUCUCUCCCCUCCCCCAUUUUCCUCUCUCUCUUUCUCGUUUUUUCUCUCUCUCUCUCCCAGUUUUUCUCUCUUUCUCUCUCUCUCCCCUGUUUUCCUCUUUCUCUCUCUCCCCAUUUUGUUUCCCCUCUUUCUCUCUCUCUCUCUCCCCCCUGUUUUCCUCUUUUCUCUUUCUCUCUCUCUCCCCCUAUUUUCCCUCUUUCUCUCUCCCCUCUCUCUCUCUCUCUCCCCCCUUUUUUCCUCUCUCUCCCUCUCUCUCUCUCUCUCCCUGUUUUCCUCUUUCUCUCUCUUUCUCUCUCUCUCUCUCUCCCCUUUCCUCUCUCUCUCUCUCCCCUGUUUUCUCUCUCUUUCUCUCUCUCUCUCCCCCCCCUGUUUCCCUCUUUCUCUCUCUCUCUCCCCCCUGUUUUUCCUCUUUCCCCCGCCUGUUUUCUCUCUCUCUCUCUCCCCCGUGUUUUCCUCUUUCUCUCUCUCUCUCUUUCCGUUUUCCUCUCUUUUCUCCCCCUCUUUCUCUCUCUCUCUCCCCGUUUUUCUCUCUCUCUCUCCCCCCUGUUUUCUCUCCCGUGUUUUUCCUCUUUUUCUCUCUCUCCCUGUUUUCCUUUUGUUUUCCUGUUUUCUCUUUCUCUCUCCCCUGUUUUCCUCUUCUCUCUCUCCCCCGCCUGUUUUUUCCUCUCUCUCUCUCUCUCCCCCCUGUUUUUUCUCUCUCUCUCUCCCCCCGCCUGUUUUUCUCUCUCUCUCUCCCCCGCCUUUUCCUCUCUCUCUCCCUGUUUUCUCUCUCUCUCUCCCCGCCUGUUUUUCUCUCUCUCUCCCCGCCUGUUUUCCUCUCUCUCUCUCUCUCUCCCCUGUUUUCCUUUCUCUCUCUCCCUGUUUUGUUCUCUCUUGUUCUCGUUCUCUCUCUCUCUUCUUUUGA